UAUAAUUGUUUUCAUAUCAUGAGAAUUUUCACUUCUAUUCUCUCACUUCUAAAUUUAUAAAACAAAAUGUGAUUAGUUUACGGUUAGGAUUUAAGAGACAAAUUAAUAGAUACGAAAAUUUGCUUUAUUCAAUCAGGUGCAAUAUUCGAAGAGCAUUAUGAAUACCUACAAUGGGCUUUCAGGUUAGCCGUGGACCAAGUUAACAGAAAUCAAAGUAUCCUUCGUAAUAUGAAAUUGCGAACUUCCAUCAGUAUAGUAAAGAAAAAUGAUGGAUUUUUCUCUGCUAAAAGAGCUUGUGAAAUGGUAAAUGAAGGUGUAGCGGCAAUUUUUGGGCCACAGUCAGUUCGAAGUGUUGCAGCUGUGCAAGAAGUAACGGAAUCUGUAGGAAUUCCACUUAUCAUAAAUCGCUGGGAAUACAGAACAAAACCAAAUAACACUACAGUAUUUUUACAUCCUCACGCAGACGUUAAAGGUUAUGCAUUUAGGGAUUUCAUUGAAUCCAAGCGAUGGAAGUCAUUUGCUAUUAUAUAUCAAGAUCCUAAAGCAUUAAUUCGUCUAAGCGCAGUUCUAUCGGGAGUGAGGAACAUGGAGUUAGAUAAUAAUCUUAAUAUCACGAUAAAACAAUUAGAGCAUCCUCAACAGCUAAGAAAAAUAUUUAAAGAAACAAAGAAGAUGAAUAUUAGAAAUUAUAUAAUCGAUAUUGGUACUCAGGAUGUAAUUUGGGUUUUAGAACAGGCAAAAGAGAUGAAUAUGAUAGACUUUUAUCACAAUUUUUUCUUCACUUCUUUGGAUGUUCACACACAAGAUUUUAAACAGUUUCAAGGAAUUUAUUGCAAUAUUACUAUGUUUCAAAUUGUAAAUACCAAUCACUAUCAAUAUAAAACAAUUAUAAAGGAAAUGGAGACAGGAAUUUCUCAUAUUGGUGUAAAAGAAAAAAUCAAGCCUUAUUUGAAUACCACACAGUUUGCACUUAUGUAUGAUGCAGUAUUUUAUUUUGCAACGGCUCUGACGAAGCUUGGAUCUUAUCUUCAACCGACUACCGUUUCGCUUUCAUGUAACUCAACAAAUAAAUGGUCACAAGGAAAAAUUAUAAUCGAUGCAAUGAAAUCAAUUAAUUAUGAAGGAUUAACUGGUGUUAUUAAUCUAGAUGAGAAUGGUUUCAGAACCAAUUUUAACUUAUUAGAGACUAGAUUGCUGUGGGGAAAAUUAAACGUGGAAGGUAAUUGGAAUAGAACUCACAAAUUUACGGUAAUUAAAAGUAAAGAAGAAGAUUUAAAAGAAUCCAAAGAAAUUUUGUCUACAUUAAUUCUUAGAGUAUCCGCUAUUGAAAGUGAGCCAUAUUUCAAGAAAGUUGAAAAUUCGUCAAAUGAUGAACCAAUUUUCCAAGGCCAUUCUAUUGAUUUAGUAGAAGAAUUGGCAAAAAUAGCAAAUUUCAGCUUUAAAUUUCAAGCUGUUGCUGAUGGACAAUAUGGUACUUUUGAAAAUGGUGAAUGGAAUGGGAUGAUUGGAGAAUUAAUUAGAAAUGAAGCUGAUAUGGUGGUAGCGGAUUUAUCAGUAACCCAAGACAGACAAAGUGCGGUAGACUUUACAGCUCCAUAUAUGAAUUUAGGCGUUGGAAUUCUUUUUAAGAAACCAAGUAAAAAGGCCGAUAAUUUCUUUUCUUUUCUGUCGCCAUUUUCUGUACAAGUUUGGUUUUAUAUGGCUACUGCUAUUCUCGGUGUAACCAUUGUAAUGUAUGUUAUGGGCAGAUUUACUCCCUAUGAAUGGGAGAAUCCACAUCCUUGCGAUCAGAAUCCAGAAGAAUUAGAUAAUCAAUUUACCCUACAAGAAACAGCUUGGUUAGUGGUCGGAUGUGUAAUGCAAGGAGGUGGGGAUAUUGAUCCUAAGGCCACGUCUACCAGGAUGGCAAUUGGUUAUUGGUGGUUUUUUACAUUGAUUAUGGUAUCAUCUUAUACUGCAAAUUUAGCAGCUUUUCUUACAGCUGGACGAAUGGAAACAGCAAUAAAAAACGCAGAAGAUCUUGUAAAUCAACAGAAAAUACAAUAUGGUUGCGUUAAAGGAGGAUCUACGGAAAAAUUUUUUAAAUAUUCUGACCAUCCUACCUACAGUAGAAUGUGGACAACAAUGGAAUCUGCAGAACCAAAGGUUUUUGUCUCCAGUAAUGACAAAGGUAAAGAAAGAGUAAAAAAAGGGAAUUAUGCAUUCUUUAUGGAAUCUACUUCAAUAGAUUAUGCAAUCGUUUCCGAUUGUGGCCUAAUGAAAAUUGGUGAUUCCUUAGAUGAAAAAAGUUAUGCCAUUGCAACACCUAAAGGUUCUCCUAUUAGAGAAAGUCUUUCGCACGCAUUAUUAAAGCUCCAAGAACAAGGAAUUACAAAACUUUUGAAACGUAAAUGGUGGAAAAGUAAACAAGACUGUCCAUCUGUACCACCCCCAUCAGAUACGCUGGGAGUGGAAAAUAUUGGUGGUGUGUUUUUAAUUUUAACUAUUGGACUUCCUCUAGCCAGUAUUGUUGUCUUAGUAGAAUUCUAUUGGGAAAAAAGAAAAAUACCCCAAGAAGAAAGGAAACCAAUUUGUAUAGAAUUAUGCAAAGAAUUAAAAGCGACUGUAAUGGGAAAAAAUACAGUAAAGACUGCACCUAUAGAACCCGAAGACGAAGAGAAGAUAAUUUCAUCAAAACCCACUAGCAGUUCAUUAACAUCAACUACAACAGACAAAUCAACUGCAGUAAAGAGAACAUCAUUAUCCAAAUAACAAUUUUAUUUUUAUCUUUCAUAAUUGUUAUAAAAAAUCCAUUUAUUUCAGAAUGAAAAUGGAAAUAUAUUGAUCAGCGCAAUUG